CUGAUUUUAGUAGUACUUUGCAAAGCUGUGUUUAUACGUCUAUUUCUGUACUGUACACUUUUUAUCUAACUUUAGGUAACUGAUAUUAAUCAUAGCGGGCUGUACUCCGAGGCUACUUGUCUAGCGCGCGUUAGUCUGCUCAAAAUGAUGGAUAUUGGAGUCGAAUCGAGCAUGGGCUCCACAAGGGAACUCGACCCUCCACGUCUUCCAGUUCCUUUGCAGACAAACUUGGGUUUACGUCCAAUGGUCCCACCAAAUGUUUCUGUAAACGACGCCUCUCCGAGUUCUCAAGGACCUGUUCUGGGUUCUCAGUCUCUCUUGCCUCCAGCUUCUGUUCCGGUUAUUAUCCUUGAUGUAAAUGGGGAAACGUGGCUUGAACAAAAGACACCCGACAAUCGUAUCUGUUAUAUCAGUCGCUCGUCUGGCAUGAUACGAUGGGAUCGACCACAAACGGCACCUUCGAUUUCUGUCCCAACGUCAAGUCUUUCUUCUUCUUCAUUGAUGACGUCUACGAGUCAAAUUUUGCCUCUUCCUACUGCUGGUGUUGUGGCGAGCAUGCAGCAGCCGUCUGUUGGAUUGAUGGCAUUUCCACCGUCUCGUGUGCCGUUUUCUAUGCCAAUGUCUGUUCAGCCACAUCGAUUGCCGUCAGUGAUGCCGCCGCUGUCGUCGGUGACUGGAAUGCCAUUUCCACCACCAUUUGCUCCCAUCUGGUCAGAACACAUGACCACUGACGGUCGCAAGUACUACUUCAAUCGUAUCACUCAACAAUCAAAAUGGGACAAACCUCUUGAUUUCCAGGCCAUUGGCCCCGUCCCUCCUCCCAUCAUCUCACUCUCCACGUCCGUCGCAGCCACCGUCACGUCACUCUCAACAUUCUCAACACCUGCAGCGAUCACAACAUCAACUGUCCCCAAAACGUCAGCAUCGUCCCUAACGACGACGUCAUCUAUGAGUUCCGAAGAGGCAAACGACUCGAAAGAGACAGAAAAGCCGAGCAACGAAACACAAGACGAAGUGCAAGAGAUUACAGCGAAGGAAGCGAAGAAAGAGCAGCCGAGUGAUCGACCAAUUGCGAGUCGGCCGAUACCCGGAAAGGCGUGGCAGGUGGUGUUUACAGGCGAUGGUCGGGUGUUCUUCUUUAAUCCAGUUAGUAAGGUGUCUGUGUGGGAGAUACCGAAGGAGCUGAGUGGAGUCGCGAAUUUGGAGAAGUUGAUGGAGAUGCCUGAAGGUAAGGGAGAGUCGGAUGAGAGCGAUAAGGGUGAGCAACUGGAGGAGGAGGAUAAGGAGGAGGAAGAGAAGAAGGGUGAGGAUGGGGAAGAAGGGGAACCGGCUGCGAAGAAACUGAAGACAGACGAAGACGCCGAGCCAGCCGUCUUAUCAGCCGAACAACGUGCGGCAAACCUUCGUGCCACCCUCAGUCUUGACGAACGUCAGCAACGUUUCCACGAAAUGCUAACAGAGAGAAAUGUAUCAGCCUUCUCAACAUGGGAGAAGGAGCUACCAAAAUUUGUGUUUGACGAACGUUACUUGUUGUUGACGGUGAGAGAACGUAGGGGAGCGUAUGAUGUGUAUGUGAAGAAGAGAGCGGAGGAGGAGAGGAAGGAGAAGAGCAAGAGGCUUCGAGAGAAGAAGGACGACUACAGGAAGCUGUUGGAAGAGUCGAAGCUCACAGUCAAGACGACUUUCAGCGAGUUCUCGCUGAAACACGGACGAGACUCUCGAUUCAAAGGCAUCGAAAAGAUGCGCGAACGUGAAGCUCUCUUCACCGAGUUCCUCUCAGAGCUCAAAGUUCGACAGAAAGAAGAAGCUCGUCAUCAAGAAGACAAGGUGAAAGACGACUUUUUUGAGAUGUUGUCGGAGAGACGAUCACUGAAGCCGAAAUCGAGUUGGAACAAAGUGAAGGGAAAGUUUGAACAUGACAGUCGGUAUAAGGCGGUCGAUGGGUCGAGAUUGAGGGAAACGUUGUUCCAGGCGUAUAUUUCUAAGUUGGUGCAGGCACAGGAUGCCAACGAAGACGACGAAACAGUCAAGAAAGAUCGAGAACGUCGUGACAGAAUAGAAGCAAGUUUGAGAGAAAGAGAAAAAGAAGUGCGUAAAGCAAGGGAAGACCAGUCCAAGGAGUGGCACGUCUCAAGAGAACAACACCGAAAAGAAGAAACACUCGGAGGCUUCAAGGCAUUCUUGACCGACAUGGUUCGUGAUUCCGAGUUAAGUUGGAGAGACGCAAAACACGUAUUGAAGAAAGACCACAGAUGGUCAGACUUCUCUCUCCUCGAAUCGGUGGAGAGAGAGCAUCUCUUUGAGCAGCACAUCCAACUGCUGAGAAGCAAGAAACGGAAAGGAUUUCACCAAAUGCUUUCUGAUGUGAAGGUAAUGCUGACGUCGUCUUGGAAGGAUGUGAAGAAGAAGACGAAGGACGAUCUUCGAUAUGAGAGGUUUUCAUCUAGUGACUCUGUUUGCAAAUCUGAAUUUGAGAGAUACAUGGAAGAGCUGGAAAAGAAGGCGUGGACUGAGUUUAGAUCUCUUCUCAAAGAGACCAAGUUAAUCACCGACAAAUCCAAGAAAAUGAUUGAAGAGUCUGAUUUGCAUCUACGAGAUAUAAAAGAGAUACUAAAAAAUGAUCUUCGCUGGCUCGUGUUGGAAUGCAUGUCUGACGAGAGAGAGAGCAUUCUUAUGGACUACAUCGAUGAGUUACACAAGCGGGGUCCGCCUCCGCCUCCAACAGCUACAGAACCAGUGGACAGCAGGCGAAAACGCAAUCCAUAGGUUUGAAUAGGUCACGUGACUCACGUGAGUAGGCGUUUUAUGUAUGACAUUCGGCACGUGAUUUUGAUGUAUGCACGUGACGUGCUUAUCUGUUCAAUACGAUACAUAUGUUAUGAGAAAGUAGGCUGUACAUGUACAUGCAGAUUUGGAACGUUGCGCAGUGGCUUAUCUUAAAAAGAUGACGUAAAA